AUGACUACCGGCUUUGCGCGGAUUCUCGUCUCGGCGCUGCUACUCCUCGCCGCCAACGCCGCCGCCGCGGUUGCUCCUCCGUACACCCCGCUGGCGGAAGACUGCGUCACCGACCUGGUGGCUUUCUCGCCGUGCUUCGGCUUCGUCUCCGCGCCGCCGAACAGAGUCCGCCACCGGCUCUCCUCGAAGUGCUGCAACGUCGUCCUGGAGUCGUUCGGUACCGGCGGCAGCAACUGCUACUGUCACCUGGUGAAGCAGCCGCUGCUGUUUGGAUUCCCGCUGAACCGAACCAGGAUCGCGUCCCUCCCUGCUCUCUGCUCCAGGCGUCGCGCGAACGCGAGCUCCGCCGCCGUGGCGAACCUAGACUCUUCUCUGGAGUCGAUCUGUUCAGGUUCGUUUCUCGGAAACCGUUUCUUUAAUCGAGUAUUGAACCGGAGAUAUGGAUCUGAAUUAGCGUAG